AUCAUAACAUACUCCUCUCUCAAGGCUGAAAAACAUGCAAGCUGCAAAAACAACUCCGGCAAAAUCUCCUCUCCAUCAGUUUUUUUUCACAUGGAAAAACAGGCUGCUCGAGAUCACCAGCUGCUCGUGAUGAGCAGGAAGGUGGCUGCAGGUGUAUCUUUCCGGUUGUAUCAGGAUGUGAGCACAAAGAGCAUCCGGCAAAAACACUUCUUUACAAAGGGAGGCCCUGGAAGAAAUGGACAGUGAUGAACCAGAGGUGAAAGAAGAGGACAUGAGUAAAAGCUGUAAGCAGGUUGAGGACUCCUAUCAGAGACUUAUCAAGCUGAAAAGAGAUGGGACAGCAUUGGUCACGAAUAUACAGGUAGCAGAAGACUUGAGGGAGAUGAAGAGGAGAGCUGCAGAUAAAGAGGCACAAAGGCAAAGGAGGACGAAGCUGGAGAGUGAAGCAGCCAUUAGUCAUGAUAAGUUUGAAUACAUUACAAAGAAAUGGCUAUCAGCAAAAGCCCGUAAAAUUCCACAGGAUUUGUAUGAUCUUCUCAUCAGUCAACAGAAGCAAUGCACUGAGCUAAUUCAGGAUAAAAACAAAUUGAUAAAUGAGCUGCAGCAGGAGCUAAAGUUAAAGGAUGACCAUUACGUGAAAGACCUGAGGAAAGCUUCAGAAGACAUUGAACUGUUAGCAGAACGAAUGGAAGAGCAAAUGAAGACUAUAUCUAAAGCCUAUCGGGAAGAAAUUAUACAAAUUGAGAAAGCCUUUCAGAUGGAGCGUCAUGGACUACAACGAAACAACUUUUGGGACUGGAAAGGUGCGAUGCAGACACGCAGAGACAAAGAGAUCGACUAUCUGAUGACUCGAUUGGAGAAAGUAGAGGAGUAUGAAGAACAACUCCAGGAGUUCAGAGUGCAGGAUGCAGAAGAAUACAAUAUGAUCAAGAUUAAAUUGGAGAAUGAUGUGGAGAUGCUGGAACAGCAGUUGCAGCAGAUGAGAGCUACCUUCCAGCUAAACCAAGAGAAACUUGAAUACAACUACCAGGUGCUGAAGAAACGUGAUGAAGAGAAUAUGAUCACAAAAUCACAACAAAAGAGAAGAAUCACAAGGCAGCAGGACACUCUAAACAGACUGAAGUCAAAACUGGCUAAACAAGAGAAGAUGUACCAAGAGGAGAACCAGACCCUGACGGAUGGAUACAACCGAGUUGUAGAACAGUACAAGGACAUACAGUCCAAAAUUAGACAUUUUGCUGCUGUUGAUGCAAAGAACUUUGAAGAUGUUUGGCUGAUGAAUGAGGGGGAAGUGAAGGAACUGGUUCAAAAGGCCUUGGAGGCUGAUCGAAUUAUCCACGAACAACAGCUGGGUUUGUGUUGGAAAAAACCUAAUCUGUGUUUCAUGACUAAUGUCGGACCUAUUAUACCAUGCUCCAAGCAAGGAAAAUUAGCUGUCCAACUGGCAGAAGAAAUUAUAUUAGGAGGUGACACUGAGACAUUGACUGUGGAUGAGGAAGUACAGGAAACACCAGUGCUGCCAGCUACAAAUAAAACUUUUUUUAAUGAAUGUUUUACGACUGGUGAGGGAAAAAAACGAUGCGAAGGAAAAGCCGAAGAGGUCUCAUUGAAGACAGUCAAACAAUUGCUGGAUGUCUUGUGCGAUGAAUCUGGUUUCCUGAUUGAACGUAAACUUUCACAAAUUAUCACCCCACUCCAGAGGGAUGAACGGUCCCUGAUAAGACUGGAUGCUAUAUUUGUGGCUUUAGGAAUUGAGUCUGCAGACGAUAUCUUCAAGCUGACAGAUUUCUUCAUUGAUUAUAAACAGCAUUCUACGUCUGAAUUAUACAAGGAGACUGACGAACUUUUGGAGAAACUGGAAAAGGAAGAGGCAAAAAAAACGGAAUCAUCCACAAAAUCAGAUAAAGUAGCCACAGAAACCGAGGAACAUUCUGAAGUUUGCAGACGUUCAGUCGAUGAAGAGGCAGAUAUUUGCCUAUCUAUGAGAUCCAAGAAUUCUUAUGAUCUGUUUCACCCAAAUGAUAUCCUCAGAGCUCUCAAGGAUUUCCUCAGAGAACGUGAGACACCAAUUGAAAAGCAGCCACCGAAGGUAAUACAUGUAAAGGAGAGGGAUGAUUCGGAGGAUUCGGAAUACUGGAAUGUUAUGGCAAAUGUCAUCUCUGAAAGCCACCUGAAGACCUGGGAUGCUCUGGAACGAGCACUGGGAAAAUACUACAAAGUCUUGGUCAAAAGAGAAGCUUUCGUCAAGGAAACAAGUGGUCUUUCACAGCAGAAUUCAGAAUUCAGGUUGUUAUUACAACAGUAUAUCCAUUCAAGGGUAAACUCUGAACUGGAGAUUCCACCAACACAACUGUUUCACCUUGAUCUGAAUCAAACAUCUGCUUCCUAGAAUUUUAUAUAAUUGAACCGUAUGAAGACACAAUGUAAUAUGGUAGAGGAUUGCGUUUGUCAGAUCGUAUUGUGGAGUACUUUUAACUUUGUCACAAAUUAGAUGCAUUGUGGAUCACUGUAUUGUUGAUGCUUGUGUAUUUAUUUGCAUUUGGAUCAUUAAUUUUAUUGUCAACUUACAAGUAAAUAAGUAAGUAUAACAAGUGUAUUCCUCCUUUUCUGUUGAAGUUUAUUUCUUUUGCCUUGCUGCCAAAUUUUCUAAUGACUUCUGUUAUGAGUAUUAAAGGCCCAAAACAUGGUCUUAGCUUUAAGCCUUAGUUUUAUAUUUAAAAUGAAUAAUAAUCAAUAAUUUGAUAUAGCGCCUUUUGUCGAGUCGUCACAAACCAUUUCACAAGAUCUAAUGUAAAGUGUAUUGACUGUAUUUUCUGAGCAAAGUGAAAUUGUUAAGGUUUGUAGAAAAUUUCUUAAAAUCAGACUUAAAUAUGAAGAAAACUACAAAACAAAACUUCCAAAUGAAGACUGAAUUCAAAAAUGUUCCAAAAUUCUGCACAAUCUUAAAGUGUUCAGAUAAUAGCCUUAAUGCUACCACCAUGAUGUAUUCAGAAAUGUAGGGAUUUGCCUUUUUGGGACAUAAGCAUUUCACGUUAUAAGCCAUAACUAUUUGCAGCGGCAGGAGCUGGAGGUUGCUAAGGACGCGGUUGGUAAGAGAUGUGCUUGUCUUCCUGACAAACUGCAGUAACGGGUGGCGUUAUUUCCACUUUCCCCACUGCGUCCUCCCAACCGCCGGCUCCUGCCAUUGCCAUGGGAGCACAUUCACUCGGGAGCGGAAGUUGGAAUGGUGGAAAUGGUCUCGGGUCGGAUAAAAUCACCUGCUGGGCCGAGUGUGGCCCGCGGGCUACCUGUUGGCACCGCAGAGCGUUCUCAAAAAAGGAACCAUCCCUCGGCAGCAAAAGGUUGAAUCCAGUUCUGCAGGUCUACGUUUACCAUUAAAUCAUUUUCUAAAGGCUCUCCUAUCACUGUUGAUGAAAUCUGGAAUGGCAUUGUUAAAGCAGAAGAGCAAUGAAAAGUUAUUGAUUUUUGCAUGUCUGCCUGGUUUCCAGCACAAGACACACUAAACUCGCUGAGUAUGUUCAGUUGACUGGUGAAUGGACUGGUUUGUGAUUUGUUUAUAUCAUGCCAUCUUGUUUUAACAUUGAAACAAAUUCACAUAAUCUGACUCAGAACAUCUUUUUUCUAUACUUCAAAUUUUAAUAGGUUGUUUCUUUGCACUGUUUUCACAGCAGGAACCAAAUGUUAGUUACACAGAAAAAUCCAUACAAAGAAUAUCACAAAAUAGAAUGUGACAGGUCUUCAUGAACAUACAAUUCAACUUCCAUAUUUUCACAGAUAUACAACAAACAGUGACAAGAAUGUGUUUAUCUUAUUACAAAGAGAGGAAAUUACCAAUUGCAAAGCAGAUAAAACAUUCAUCUUAUCUAGAGCAAAUAUUCUUGUAUUUAAUGCCAUUUCCCACAGUGCAAUCAUGCUUUGUACGCGAAAGUACUACUUUGUCUGUUAUUAGUCGUGGAAAUUGCAGUAACACUGGAUCUGGUCUGAUAGGAAAAAUAGGUUUUUUUUUAAGCAUGGCCUUAAUAAAGUUAUCAAGCUAGUGCUUAGGUUUACAUUUGUAAGUGCAAGUUUAUAACAAUGUCACAAAUCCUGUCUGUCUGGAAACGAAUAUCCUUACCAGCUUCUUCCCUUUUUAGUGUUCCCUAACUGCAAUCUUUUAAACAAUAGAUGAGCCAAAGUUCCAAUCACUUCUAUGAGAGCACAUUUUUUGCUGUGUUGGGAUUUGAUAAUGUAAUAUUUGCUAACCGGAAGCUACUGCACUAAUAGUUUCUGAAGUUGCAGAUUAAAAAAAAGGAAAAACAUUGUGUCCCAAAGUUUACCAAAAACCGUCAGAAUUUUCAGGGCUUUUCUCUGCUGAGACAAAACUUAAAAGCCAAACACCAAUAGCAAAUCCUGUAAUUUAAUUUAUGAUGAGGUUUCGAUUAAAGCAGUUAACUCUCGUUUGGAAACAUUGUAUUUUCAAACCCAUUCACCGUCUUAUACAAUGUUGGAGACAGCACAUCACUAUAUAUAAUCAUUGGCUUCUCUUAUUUUUUAAGUAUUACAUUGGUGUAGUUUAGUUGAAAUUUUGUGUCACUGAAGGAAUUUUUAUGUGUUGACUCAGUACUGGAUCGAGUCAGUUCUGGACUUUUGGACCAAUAAAAUUCCAUUUAAGUGAAAA